CAAUGAAAACAAGGCGAGCGGAGGGGACAGCCGAGAUGCGAAGCCAAUGGGAGGAGAUUGCGCGGAGCACGCCGGGAUGAUGGAGAAUUUCUCCGCUCUCUUCGGAGGAACGGAACCGCCUCCGCCUACCACAGCCGCCGCGCUGGGCUUUGGUCCAGGGAAACCCGGAGGACCGGGGACAGGGCCACCUCCUGUCCCUGCGGUGACUCCCGUCGGAGAGAAAGCGGCGGCCGCCAGCGGCCCGUUCUACCUAAUGCGCGAGUUACCAGGUACUACAGAACUAACAGGGAGCACAAACCUGAUCACCCACUACAACCUGGAGCAUGCCUACAACAAAUUUUGUGGCAAAAAGGUGAAGGAGAAGCUCAGCAACUUCCUGCCAGACUUACCAGGGAUGAUAGAUUUGCCAGGUUCACAUGACAACAGUAGCCUGCGCUCUCUCAUUGAGAAGCCUCCCAUCUGCAGCAGUUCGUUCAACCCUAUCACUGGUACCAUGCUAACAGGCUUUCGUCUCCAUGCGGGCCCGCUGCCAGAGCAGUGUCGCUUAAUGCACAUCCAGCCACCUAAGAAAAAAAACAAGCACAAACACAAGCAGAGUCGUACCCAGGAUCCUGUCCCUCCAGAAACUCCUUCAGAUUCUGACCACAAGAAGAAAAAGAAGAAGAAAGAGGAUGACCCUGAGCGGAAAAGGAAGAAGAAGGAGAAGAAGAAAAAGAAAAAUCGGCAUAGCCCUGAACACCCUGGUGUGGGCAGCUCUCAGGCCAGCAGCAGCAGCAGCCUCCGGUAAAGUCCUGCCAUGGAGUUAUCUUGGAAGGUGCUACAGCUUUGACAAGAAAAGGAGGAACAGCAAUAACGGGGGAGUCAUCACAGACUCAUAUACUUCCCCUGCUUCCCCUUCACCUCUACUGAGUGGAACUUCUGGGACUCCAUUGAUCUCUCUAUAAGGAACACAGACUUUGCCUGCGACACAGUGCAGACCGGUGUCUUUAUAUGGGAGCCCUGCCUACUUGGGGAGGGUUUUUUUCUUCUUCUUUUCCUUUUUGCAGAAUGUUCCUGACCAAGUUGGGAUGUGUCUGCCUUGUGAUUUAGUUAAACCUUUGUUGGGGCACUUGGGAGGGUCUAGAACCUCCUCUCAUAUCAUGGGCUUUCAAACUGCACUGUGAAAUAGAUAGGGAGAGACUCCAGAAGUGCUUUCUUUUGUAAAGUGUGGCCCAAGGCUAGUGGGUGAGUUAGUCGCCUCAGUAGAAAGAGCUAAUGGGAUCGGGCUUUUUCUAAAUCGGAAAAUGGGAGAAACGGCAAAGCUGUGAGGUGGGAAUAAAGAGAAGACAAGGUUGGUUUUAUCUUCCCGGAGUUGAUCCAUGCUGAUAAGUAGGCCUGCUUUAGUAUCAUCAGAUAGAGAGUUAAGUCGAAAGCAUUGACCAAAUUUCUUUUAACUGUGGAAGCAUGUGAGUCAAGAAGCUAUACUGUGAAUCCAAGGACAGAACUGUGUAUAUGGUGAUAUUUCCCCCUAAGGGCUCACUUACCAGGUAAAGGCUUCUCUACAUGUAGCCCCUUUAAAAAUAAAACUUGAAAACAAAAAAAA